UCGUCACCGACGUCAGGAUACCGUGUGUGAAUUCACUUUCCACCGUCGUCUCUAUCUCAGUUACCAACAGACCGUGCGAUCGUUCGCAUCGGAGACUUUGUGAAGCGAGCGAGAAAGAAAGAGAAAAAAAGGGAACUAGGCAGUGUGUGUAUGAAUGUGCGGGAGAGAAAGAGAGAUUGAAAUAAAAGUGGAGAAAAAGGAAAAGAACGUGAAAAAGAGAAAGAGAGAGAAAGAGAGAACACGUUACAAGCCAUGCCGCACAGUCUCGCCUGAACAAAGGAAGGCUCCCUCAACCGAGGGUCGUUUCCGAUCGACGAACCGUCGGUUCCCCUUCGUUCGCCUUCGGCGCGCCUCGUGCGGCACAAGCGUUUACGAAGCGGUCAGUCACGUAGCAGCGGCCGAGCUGUGAGGAACAAAGAACGGAAGGAACAGAAAGGGAAAGAGUACGUCAAAAGAGCGAAAAGGAAGCGUACGUCUGUGAACCGGCUCGCCGGCGAAUAAAAGAAAAAAAAAAGAAAAACAUAAAACAAAGGAAAAAAGAAGAGGCAAAUUGACCAGUAUUAUUGUCCUUGUUUCACGGAGUUUCGUUCGUCAAAGAAUACGAUAGUCGACUGUCAUAUAUCAAAUUUUUCCAUCGAAAGAGGCUCGGUUUGUACACGAUACACAUCGUUCCGUUUCGCGUUGUGUCGUGCAAGAAUACGUUACAAACCGAAGUUGACUGGAAUACCGAAGAGGCGCCCUUCUCGCGUGUGUGCUUUUCAUUUUCGUGUUCCGCAAGCCCUCUUCGUGGAUUGAAGCAAGUCACCGAAAGCGGCAUACACAAGUUGGAUUUUUAAUUGGCAGUCCUGUGCGUGCGUGUGCGAGUAAUAUUCGACGAACCGGCGACCUAACCUCCAACGACCGCUCUCCAAAGGGUAGACGCAUAAUAACCGACGGUGAUCAUUGUGCGGACGCGUUAUAAACCGAUCUUCACGUGUGUGUUAAAACAACGUCCACAGUGACACGUAGCAGCCAAAUAAAGACAUAUAAGUGACUAGAAGACACGAUCUCUGUUCAAUCAACUACAUAAGAUAUCUUUUUCUACUCGCCUUUACUUUUACUCUUCGGUUCGCUUUAAUGUGACAUGUUGUGCUACAAAUACACAGUGUACGCUUGAAUACUAGAGGAUUGUUUGAUCGAAAAGCAGCGUUCUUCCGUUCGACUACGUACGGAUUAUCCUCGUAUUUACGGUGAGUUCCGUGGUAUUUUCGAGAGGUGCUGCAUCGAAACGAUAAAUCUGUGAGAGGCCAUUGCAAGGUUUACCAGAAUUACACAUUGAGGGGAUGCCGGUUGACUGAAGAUGGCCUCGCCGACACUCUCGCUGGAAUCGCGCGCGAAUUCCAUCGGAUCCCUGGCCUCGCUGUCCCCGGUUACAGUGAGCGGCAGUUCUCCGCCUGCGAGCGACUCGGCGAUCUGCGACGUCGACAGCUGCGAUCUUUGCCUCGAUUCACAGAAACCUGGAGAGGCGCCCUGCCCACGGUGCCGAUUAGGAAGCGCCGGCGGCGUACGCUGCACCGGCUGCAAAUCCACCGAAUCCGACGCUGUAGCACGUUGUUUCGAUUGCGCGAACUUUCUCUGUCCUAACUGCGUAAUGGCACAUCAAUUCAUGCACUGUUUCGAGGGCCAUCGGGUCCUCAAUUUGGGGGAUUCGAAGCUGGAGACGGUCACCAGUUCAACCAGCAACAACGAGAUCCCGAAGAACAACUUGGUGGUUAACGGUGGCGGCAACAACGGCGAGAAAGUCCUUUUCUGUUCUCGUCACAAACAAGAACUACUGAAAUACUUUUGUCGCACUUGUACCGUACUAGUCUGCAAGGAGUGCACCAUUACCGAUCAUCCAGGCCCGUUGCACGAUUGCGCGCACAUAUCCGAGGUAGGCAACCAGCAGCUCGAAGCGAUGGCAAGAGUGGUCCAAGAGUGCAGAGCCAAAGCGGCGGAUGUUAGAGCCGCAGUGAAGGCGGCCGAUCACGGGGCCGCACGGCUGCAAGUGCAAUAUCACAAAGCGCAGAACGAAAUCAACGACACGUUCCAGUUUUACAGAUCGAUGCUCGAAGAGCGCAAGCAAGAAUUGUUGAAAGAGCUCGAAUCGGUAUUCUCUACUAAACAAAUAUCAUUGGGCGUGCUUACGCAAAAGGCAAACGACAUGGCCGAUAAGAUGCUUCAGACAUGUGAAUGCGUUGAGCGACUGACCAAAUACACAACUGUCACCGAAGUACUAAUGGUUAAAAAGCUUCUCGACUCAAAGCUUCAGUUACUGUUGAAUUACACACCGGAUAUCGCCAAUCAAACCGUCGACCUUGAGUUUGUCAGUAAUUAUCAAGCUAUUCAAGUAGGCGUGCGAAACACGUUCGGCUAUGUUCGAAGCAACAACGAGAACAACGCCGGACCGAUCGGGAAACAGCCGCCCAUUGCUCGACCAACGGCACUCACGAGUAAUGGCAAUGGCGGAAACAAUGUUAACAAUGGACCAACUAACGCCGGCUCUUUGGGCGGUCUUCUUUUAGACCGACCCUACAGCAACGGCUUGAUAUCAUCUAACUCGACCUGCACCUCCACUUCGCCUUCGUCGUUUGACACCAACAGCAGUGUCAUCACGAAACGUUUUAGUUCGGCCAACAGCCUUGGCCCGUUUUCGACGACGAUUAGCGAUCUUAAUUUGAACGGCAUGAACGCGAAUCCUUACGAAAAAUGGAGCAACGGAGGUAGCGACGCUUAUCCGGUCGUUACCACGAACGAUCACUUUCCGAUGCCAGCAUCCGUCGCCGUUGCAGCAAACGCCGCGUCCGGCGAUUCCGUUCUCGAUCUGACCUCGAAACUAAUGUCCGCCGCCGCGAUAUUUCCACCUAAAUCACAGAUCAAACGGCAAAAAAUGAUCUAUCAUUGUAAAUUCGGGGAGUUUGGUGUCAUGGAGGGUCAAUUUACCGAACCAUCGGGAGUCGCUGUGAAUGCACAGAACGACAUCAUCGUUGCGGACACGAACAAUCAUCGCAUUCAGAUCUUUGAUAAAGAAGGCAGGUUUAAGUUCCAGUUCGGAGAGUGCGGCAAACGAGACGGCCAGCUGCUCUAUCCGAACCGAGUAGCUGUGGUGAAAACGUCAGGUGACAUAAUCGUUACCGAACGUUCGCCGACUCAUCAGAUACAAAUCUACAACCAGUACGGUCAAUUUGUGCGUAAAUUUGGAGCGAACAUUCUGCAGCAUCCACGGGGUGUGACGGUCGACUCGAAGGGGCGCAUCGUCGUCGUCGAGUGCAAAGUGAUGCGCGUGAUCAUCUUCGACCAAGCCGGCAACGUGCUUCAGAAAUUCGGAUGCUCGAAGCAUCUCGAGUUCCCGAACGGUGUGGUCGUGAACGACAAACAGGAGAUAUUCAUCAGCGACAAUCGUGCCCACUGCGUGAAAGUGUUCAACUACGAAGGCGCCUAUCUUCGGCAGAUCGGCGGGGAAGGGAUCACGAACUACCCGAUCGGGGUAGGGAUUAACGCAGUUGGCGAGAUACUGAUAGCAGACAAUCACAACAACUUCAAUCUGACGAUCUUCACGCAAGACGGUCAACUGGUAUCGGCUCUUGAGAGCAAAGUCAAGCACGCCCAGUGCUUCGACGUAGCUUUGAUGGACGAUGGAUCGGUCGUGUUGGCCAGCAAGGAUUACCGACUUUACAUUUAUCGUUACGUACAAGUACCGCCGAUCGGCAUGUAGAGCAUCGACAAACCGCGACGCCGACGAUGAUCGUCGAUCGUCGUUCGCAUCGGUGUCGUUGUUGCCAGAGUUACAACGGCCACCAGACCAGGAUCUCAUCGAUCAUUUUUAAUAUUACACUUGCCUAUCUUCUUCUUUGCCCACCUACCAUCACCGCUCGUGCUCACUUUGCCUAUCUACCUUCGCCCGCUCGACCCACCUUACUCCCGUUUAACGAGACGCCGAUUACGAGGACCGAUCUGUAAGCGCACACGAGCGAAACCAAGUGUUAAUCGAGUUAUCGAGACUCCAUACGACAGGUUUUACACGGAUACGCCCGCGUCUGUAGAAAAUGCGCGGCAAGGAGGUAAAACAGGUUGCUACCUUAACGAUUGGAAGCCCUGCGAGAAGGGUCUGGCAACCGGUGAUCCGGACUUAUCGGUUAAUUUCGCGCACUUGGCUUUGUCGCGAGUCCUCGACAGGAGGAUGCAUGCGUUGAACGAUUUCCUGGAACAACGGAGAAACAAAAAUGAGGGAAAAAAGGAGAGAAAAGGAAAGUACCCGAUGGUGAAUUAACGCUCGCGUGACUCGUACGCAUGCGUACGUGCACGCGCGUGCGCACGAUAAGUUUAUAGAGAAAAAGGAUAAAAAAGUACCAGGCGAUUUCGGGAACGCCAAUUUUGUUGCGUGCGUUGGACGUACGGUCGCACGCGCCAAUACUGAAAGCCACACGAGACGCGUAAGCGCGUACACGCGGAAAAACUUACUUGUUAAUGUUGUUAUAUCUGAAAAUACUGUUGUUGUUGUUUAGUUGUAGAGCUCGCCGCCGCUAGUCACUCCACCCUAUCCUCCUUACCUCUCUCGUGCCUCCGUCCCCGUCCCUCGACAAUCCUUUCCUAAUCCGACCAUUUUUCCACCCAGUUUUUUCUUUUUUACUUUCGUGCAAAACCUUCCUUUUUUCCUUUUCGAUCGAAAGCAAACCGCGAGGGGCGUAUAUACACAUAUAUUUUUCUUCUCAUACGUCUCGGAUGUAUCACGUUCCUACACGUAUUUUCCUGAAGUCGUGCAAACGAAUGUAUACCCGUCCGCUUCUGACACGGUUCUUCUGACUGUCGAUUCUUUCGAUUUGGCUUGGGACUUAAACUCGGCUUACUUAUCGCUCGAACAAGAACAGCCUUCGUUCGUUUAACUCUGAUCCAAAGCGAAAGAAUUUUACCAAUUUGACGUCGCUGGAUCGCAGAGAAUCGAGGCGCGCGAGAGCUUGUUUCGUCGCUCUCUCUCUGUCUCUUCCUCUCACGUACGAGUAUAUGAGUUCGAACAAACAAAAAUAAAGAUAGCACGAAGUAAGUACUCGAUCGAACGACGGUGGUCAUUUUUCAGGAACAGUAUCUAUCGGCGUCGUCCGUUUCACGACGUUUGUUUCAGAUUCUCGAAGGAUAUUUCCAGUUAACGGACAUCGGUGGUCCUUUCUCCUGAAUCCUUUUCCUUUCUCCUCACACGUCGUUUUAUUAUUAUUAUUAUUAUUAUUAUUUCUUUUUUAAGUGGUUAAGCGAAUAUACAUAUACGUACGUGUUUUUUUCUUCUUAAGAAUCAAUGGAGAUCCUUCUUGACGAAGCGUUUAGAAACUAUGACAGUGACACAACAGUCCAGCAUCGUUUUGUCCGUUUACUUUGACCUCUUCUUAGUUUCCUUUCAUUUCAUUUUCUUUUGUUUUGUCUUUGACAGAUGCUUAAGUUUGUUUCUAUCUUAGUACGCGCGUGAUUUUUUAAUACGCCUGUUGUUUGUUCCGUUUCCUUGACGAUCGGUGACACAGAGACUUAUAGUCCUCGUCACGAGAGAAUGUUAUAUUUAUUAAUUAUAAGAGGAUCUUUACCACCUUGUGGUGCCCUUUGACCACUCCGUUGAUCAUACAUAGGGUAGGAAAAGAUAUAUGAAUAACGAAAAGAAAGCCUAUCAAAUGAACGGAUUAUUGAAUACGCAUGCUUGGUUUCCCGAACAUCGUUAGAACGCAUGCGCGAGUCAGAGCCAAUCAGAGCUAUCAUAUGCGCGUUUGAGCCAAUCAGCGCCAAUCUGCGCGGAACGAACGAAAACUCGUCCUUCGAGUAAUACAUUCUCUCGUAGUGAGGAUUAUAUAUGCCGUGAAGACUGAUGAGAAACACAAACACGUUGAUUUUUUAUUCAAAUAUGAAUUUUUCUUAUAGGAGUUGACUUUCUUUUCUUUUGCUCAUCUUCUUCGACCGAUCUUCGGGGUAACUUUACAAAAAUGUUUGAUCGAUGAAUAAAAGAAAAGGAUCAACCUCGCUCAUCGAUCAAACAUUUUGUUUCUAUUAUUCCUUUGAUCCGAUCUUUAAUCGUAGUGGUGUUAACGUAGCGAGUAGUCGUAGUGAGUUACAGUAACGACGUAAGGAAUUUUAGUUUUCCUGUGCCUGCUCUCUUCAUUCUUUUUUUUUUUUUUAAUUUGCAUAUCUGCUGUAAUUUUGAGUACCAUCUUGCCCCGUCAAAAUUACAUCAACACUACCACCACCACCAUCUCCGUCUUCAUCCAAAUUGUCACUAUUAUUAUUUACUUUGCUAUUUUACAUAUCCAAAAUUGUGUAUAAUUUCUUUAGUACCAUUGAGUAAAAACAAUUUGUGUUAGGAUCUUUUUGAAUUUGAUUGUAUAUUAUUAAUAUAUAUUUUGUUGGAUGAGUCGACGAUGAAAGGAGCCACGAUAGCUCCAUGCAUGUUUGCUAUUAAAUUUUUUUAAUAGUAAAAUUUAUUAUUAUAUUAUAUUAUUAUUUUUUAUUAUUAUCAUCGUCAUUAUCAUCAUUACCAUCAACGACAUUAUUAUUAUUGUAUGUAUGUGUGUAUGUAUGUAGGUAUUAUUAUGAUUUUUAUAUAUUCAUUUAUUAAGUGCCUCGUCACCAGGGGUCACAAAAGCGUUACAAUGUUUUUUAAAGCAUAUCUCUGAUAAAACCAGAACUAUUCUGAAGAAAGUGUUGUUUGGUAUAUAACAAGGCUAGCUGGCGUUCGUUCGUGUUAACAAACUAAAUUCGCGAAUUAUACGAGGAUGUUUCAGGAUAGUAGAAAGUUUUCUAGCAAGUCGAAAUUUAACCCUUGAACGACGGCUCACCGAGUUACUGACAAUCCAAGGACGAAUCUACAACCCUUGCUUGGAGGAGAGGACAAAAUAUUUGAAAUUUAUUUAUAACUUAUUUAGUAACAUUAUAUGAUAGUAGAAAUUUGGAAUUUUAGGAAGCGUGGAAAUUCUAAAUUAUAUUUGCAAUGUAUUCACAAAAGUGUGAGAAAUUGUUAAAAGCAAAUUUAAAAAUUAUUCAUGGGUCACGAUUGACCCGGCUCCGUCGUUCGAAGGUUAACUAACGUACCUUUGAACUACCCGGAAGUUCUGGAAAGUCUUCCAGCCAGUCCACAAUUUCCGGGUGACAGAAGUAAUAUUUGAUAUCAAAUUCAUUGGAUUGUUGAAUCGACAGUUGCUGUUACAGUUUACGAACCGUUGUUAUAUUUUUUCCUCUUUUCGACGCCUUUUAUUUUUUAUCCCGUUUAACGAUAAUAGAUGUUUUAUUUGUUGAAAUGGCGAGUCGCUCAUAAACUGAAUCGGCAACUAUCUUUUCCGAUAAAACGAAUUGAACAGGAUUAAAAAAGAAAAAAAUAUUUUGUACAAAUACUUCGAGAAGAUAAAUCAACGAUUAGGAAAGAUUUCUGACGAGGUUUCAUUCGUGGAAUUUAGAUCGUUCGCAUUAGAUAUUAAUAAAUUAAAUUAGGGUAGGUGAUUAAUAAACGAAAGAUCGAGCUUCAGUCUGAUAAUUGACUGAUUCUAUUACAUACUCUUUACAAGUAAACAUUCUAAUUGAAAAAGAAAAAUGGACUAAUGCUAUAUGGAGUGACAAGGAAAUAGAUAUCCAAACUUUGGUAGUGUAUUAGAACCUCCUGAGAAUGGGAAAAGCUCUAUAUAAACGUGCAUUUAAUCCAAGGGUAAUGAAACUGUCUAUCUUCUCAAAAAAAGUGUGAUCUUCAAAGUAGUUUCAUUGAAAAAAGAAUUUAGAAUCCUUUGUGACUUUCAUUCCAUCUAAACGACCAGUUUUCAUUCUUAGAAGAAAACUACACUACCAAAAUUUACUCACCCCUUUUCUUGUCAUUCUAUGUACUUCCGUGCUGUGAAAUAAGUUUUAAGCUAAUUUUUUUUACACUCUACCCACUCUCACAAGGCAAACAUGAAAAUCGUAGAAAGAUCCUCGAUAAUUCAUCGUUAAUUAAAAAUAUUUAAUCGAGGUUCCCAAAUAUCAUUUGUCAUAAUCUUUCGCUUAUUCAUUCGAAACUACGAGACAAUGAUACCGGUUUCUUUCGUUGUUUCUUCUUGAGAAAAAAAAUAUGGAAUCGUUCGGUUAAACGAUGCCAAUUUGAUUCUUCAGAAAGCAACGAAGAUAUCGGUUCAUUAACAUCAAAGAGAUUACAAUUAAGAUCCUGUAAUCUUGUAGUAAUUAUGUAGUAAUAUGCAGUAUUGUAGCUAGAUUUCAAAAGAACGUCAGAAAGAAUGAUCGAGGAAAGGGAUCAUCCACUGGAAACUCAUUUUUGGAAACAAUUUCACUGCCAACUAUGAUACUUAAUUUUUUCGUCGGUCCUAGUAAAUUUUUCUGUAUCUAGAGAAUGAUCGAAAAUUUCGAACCCUCUCCUCCGAAUAAUGUACAUAAUCGCAUCACGACGUAUCUGUCCAUUAGUAUUUAAAAAUCGCGUAUUGCUGUGUUGAUUCAGUUAUUAAUAUUAUUAUUCGUAUUAUUAUUAGUAUUUUAUUUUUAUUAACUUCACUAUUAUUAUUAUUACUUACUAUUACUAUUAUUAAGGAUUAAUUACUGUAUUAUUAAUAUUAUUUACGUUCAGUAUAAUUUUAUAUCGUUAGGACAAGUGAAGAAGAAAAAGCUGAAGAGAAAUGAUGAUGAUGCUACCUUGCCAGCUAGCCAAUCAAUUACAUUGUUGACAGAAAAUUUGGAAGCAUUUUGUCAAAAUUUAAUAUUAACCAUACACUGAGGCUCGAAAAUCAUUUCAAUAUUAGUUGAAUAGAAAUAAAUCAAAUGCUUUAAUGAAAAACAUAUUUAAUAGAGAAAUUAUAAAGAAGGUAGUUGCUAGAAUGCCAAAAUUAGUAGAAGCUUUAAUUAUUAUUAACAAUUUUGGUAAUGUUUUGAAUAAAUUAUUGCAUAUGAGUAAUUGUACAAAAUAUAUAUGAAAAAGACUGUUUUCUUUUAAAUAUUUUCAAUUCUUUUAGCCUUUAUGAAAUUUUAACAACUGUUACAUGAUUUUUGAGCUGAAGUGUAUUAUUUUUGGUAAAAUUUCAACUAUCUUUUCAAUUUCUUGCUGUAAUGUACAAAUCCAUAGACUCAAAUUUUCGUUGCUUUAUCUGAAAAUAAUAUGGAGGUGCUUCCAAAAUUUCUGUCCAUAUUGUACAUCGCUACCAUCUUUUUUUUUAUUUUCUUUGCCACUCGCAGUGUUUAUUUUUUUUUCUAAAGAGACGCGCAAAGAAAAUGAACAAACGGUACCACUUUGAUAUGCAUUAUUUCCAAAGUAAGGAACGAGGUGUACAUGUGUGUGUCUGAGUGUUUCUUUAUUUUUUUCUUGAUAUGCGCGCGCUCGAAACACAAAAUGAAACGAACAUGCGACUAUCUCUCUCCUCUAUUAUUUUUUUUAUACUGGUUUGUUAUGUUAUUAUUUUUAGACGAUACAACCCAAUUGUUCUUAAUUUAAAUGUAAAUCGUAUUUUUGUUUGUUUUUUUAGUUAUUUUUUGUUGUAAAAUGCUUUUUAAUAAUAUUUUCAGUUCACACUAUAUUACAUCGUUUGGUUUUCGUCUUGUUUUAUUUAUUUCUUUUCUUCUGUUUCUUUCUUUAUUUUGCUUUCUUCUCUCGUCCGUCAUUCGUCCUCUUUCAUAAGCCUUAAAGUUCCUAUCCUGAAUGUUUGUUACCAUAGUUAAAUUUGGAAAUAUUUUUUUUUUUACAGAGAAAAGAGUGAAUAAUUAUGCAGCUCUGAAUUUCAAAUAGAAUUUUGAAAAUUCGUUGUUUCAUAAAUUUAAUUACAGGGUUCAAAUUAAUAUACAUAAUUAAUUAAAAGAAAACCUUUGGAUGUGAGAGUACUUUUAAAGCAUCGAAUUAGAAUUUUUCGCACGAUCUAGAAAUUUAAUUAGUGCUAUGUUUUGUUUUAUCAUAGUUUGUUAAUUAAUGCACUGUCUGUCAUGACGAAAAUUGCAAUGUUUAGAAAAUAUUUGAAGGAAUAGUGUACAAUUUUGCAAAAGAACAGAAAAUUAAAUUUCAAUGCAUGUGUCUCAUUAUCAGUGAUUCAAAAGCUAAAAUUUAGUUUUAAUUCUAUCUUUCAUUCUCUUGGCAGUCAAUGUAUUAAUAACAGCCUUCCGACUUAUUGUUUGUAACACACCUUCCUUGUAAAUUGGAUUGCCAUUGUUCAAAUGUUACAUUCUUGUUUUGACUUUUUCAGUGUAGAAUAGUACUACAAAACCUCGAAUGUUGCAACUGAAAAUACAUGUUACGGGUAUGCAAAAGUUUCCAUUGUAUUCAGAAUACAAGUGUUUUAUUCUGUAAUUUAAACUUUCUACUCGAUUCCUUUGUUUUAUUCAUGAAAGAAUUACAGAUUUUUUUGAAAACAUAAGAAAUUGAAAACUGUACCAACGAACUUCUACCCCUUCCGGGCUCUAUGUAAGCUUCAACAUAAACAUAGUAUAGUGAGUUGAAAUGAGUUAAUAAUGUGGAAAGUUCUUCAUACCUAUAAUUUUGUGUAAAAGCAUCACGAGUUACUUAAAUAGCGAGAAAGGGAACGGAAAGAAUUCGUUUUGAUGCUUAUUACGAUAGUUGAGACCCUUUGGAAUUUCAAAUGGACACGUCGCUGAGCUCUCACAGUCAGCCUUAUUUCACGCUUGGUUACCAUUGGUUGGAUCUCCCAGGAAAAGGAAUGCACGUCGUGAACGGAGAACAACGACGAUCCAGAAACGCGAAAUGAGACACUAGAAUGCUUCCAAAAAGAAUCAUUUGUUCCCUUUCAAUUUUUCAUUUUUUUUCUUAAUUGACAGACUGAUUCAUUUAACUAGUAUCAACGCGUUAACCCUUUCAGGGAUGUAACAUAAGCAUAUACAAUCACCUUCCAUUAUUAUUUCUCCAAGACAUUCAAUCUCAUUCCUGCCCAGUCAAGUUUACCCGUAUAAUUUAUAAAAUGCAAAAGGUAGAAAAAAAUGUUUCGAAUAAAAGUUUGCACAAAUUUUUAUUCCAAAUAUUUCUUCACUUAUUAGGAGUUAUGUAUUCGCAAUAAGGUACGAUAAACGUUCACUGGAAUUUGAGGGUAGUUUUUAUAAAAAUGUACUCCUCAAGACUUACAAAAAUUGUUCAUCGCUGAAAGGGUUAAAUACUGCAUUGGAAAAGUAACUUUUCCAGUUUUAUUUGUUCAAUUGAAACUAUAGUCGAAUCGAAAAAAGAAAAGCAAUUUGCCCGAAAUUUCACGACGCUCGGUGUUAAUUGCCGGAGAAUUAAUGAUAACGAAAAAAAAAAAGAAAAAGAAAAAAGACGAGUUUUUAGAAACCUAUAGCGGAUUAUAGAUGUUGCAUAAUAUAUUUUUGUACAUUCGCAAUGUGCGUUAUUUAUGGCGGUGUCAUUGAGUGUCGUCGAAGAUCGGGCAACGUACCGAACCGGAAACGGGGGGAAGAGAAAGAGGAACGCGACGAAGUGUGACACAAAAGAACAUUUUUCUCUGCGAUAACGAAACAAGGAACUUGCCAUACGAACGAGAUACCAUCCGAUAAAAAACCAUCUUUCAAUUUUCCAAGAAAGAAAUUAAUUUUGGUUUUUUGAAUGAUAUUAGCGGCGCGCGGCGACUCUGUAUGUAAUCAAGAAGGAAAAAAAAAAUGAAAACAAUGAAAGCAAAAAGUUAAUACUAUCCCCGGGCCCAAGUAAUGUUACUUUAUGAAGAAAAAAAAAAACGAACAACAGAGAGACGAUUAAAGUGAGAUGAUGUGGAAGAGACAUUGUCGAAUGAAAGAAACGCGUGUCUGUCUGGUGCAUGUGUCAAUAAUUAAACGAAUGAAUGAGUGAAAGAACGACUGUGCAUAAAUAAAAGAAAAAAAAACGGAAGAAAAAGGAAGGGAAUAUCAGAAAGUCAGAUUGUGUGAUUGCAAGACGCUAUUUUUAACUUGGAAACGAACAAAAAAAAAAAA